AUGCGCUACGUGCUUCUCGUGCUCGUCCUGAUUAUCAGCUUGCACUACAUUCUCAGCUUCUCUCAUGAGGGCUACGGGGAGGCCACGUCUAUCACACAUAUUAAGGAAAAGCUGCAGGGCAGCAGUUCGACGCAGAAGCCAGAAACAUUCAAUGUCGAUGAUGGGUUGGCUCCAGGUGCCAAGGCUAACGCAACUUUCGUGAUUCUUGGUGCGCAGUUGUCUGUAGAUGAUGAGCUGGACGGUUCUGACACUCUGUCCCGGAACAGUGAUCUGGCAGGUAUCUCCAGCAGCAUGAAACAGAUGGAGGACCGCUUCAACAAGAAGUACCAAUAUCCUUACGUCUUCCUCAACGAGCAGGAAUUCAGCGAAGAAUUCAAGAGUCGUGUCACUGAACUCACGGACGCAAAAGUCGAAUUCGGACUUAUCCCUCACGAUGACUGGUAUCAACCCAAGUCGAUCAACGAGACCAGAGCCACGGCAGCUAGAGAGAAGAUGGUACAGGAGUCUGUCAUCUAUGGAGGUAUCGCAACAUGUGUCGCUUCAACUCUGGCGUAUGUCCCUCCUGUUGACGACUUCUUCUGGCGCCACGAAUUGCUCGCCAAAUACAAAUACUACUGGCGUGUCGAGCCGGAUGUCACAUUCUUUUGCGAUCUGCACUACGAUCCUUUCCUUGUCAUGCAAGAGCAGAAAAAGGUUUACGGCUUCACCAUCUCUCUUUAUGAGUACGAAGCGACCAUUCCUACGUUGUGGAACGCUGUCAAACAAUUCAUCCACGCCAACCCCGAACUAGUCGAACCAGAAAACGCAAUGGCCUUCCUGUCUGACGACGGCGGUGAAACGUAUAACCGAUGCCACUUCUGGAGCAACUUCGAAAUUGGCGACCUAGAUUUCUGGAGAGGCGAGGCCUACCGCAAAUUCUUCGACUUCCUUGAUGAACAAGGCGGUUUCUACUACGAGCGAUGGGGCGACGCGCCGGUACACAGCAUCGGUGCUGCGCUGUUUGCUAAGAAAGAGGAGAUUCAUUUCUUCAAUGAUAUAGGAUACCGACACAAUCCCUUCCAACAUUGCCCCCAGCAGCCAGCGCACGCACACGGGAAGUGCUGGUGCGACCCAAAAGACAACUUCGAUUACGAAUGGUAUUCUUGUCUGAAGAGAUACGAAGGCCUUUUCAAGUAG